CCGCGCUGGAUAGUCGACAUUUCCCGGCAUCUCGCGGCUUUUUCCAUUUCGCGCUCGGUGUUGUUCAUCUUCCACCCUGCUCGGCAGACGAGACGUGAACCAAUCAAAAAGGGGGUUGUGAACAAACAGUGUGCAAACAGUGUGCAUUUUAAAUUGAUAAAAAUAGUUCAAAAGAGCACGAAAAAAAGGAAAGGCUUUUCCCAGGACAACUACAACUACGCUUUAUUACAAGAAGUUACCAACAGAACGGCUUGUACGAUGAACAUAAAAAUAUCAUUACUAGCUUUAAUGCUAAUGAUAGGCACGACGGCAAUGGCCGCGACCGGACUGCUGCUGGGCGACACCUGCCAGCACGACAUGGACUGUUCGGACAGCGUCAAGGGCAGCUACUGCACCCUGGAGGGCAUCUGCGAGUGCAGUCCGUUCUUCGUGCGGCUUAACGAGUCUUCCUGUCUACCAUCCCAGCUGCUGGAGAGCGAAUGUAGCCUGUCCGAGCAGUGUUCGAUGCGUGUGGCCAACAGUAGCUGCAUCGGUGGUCGCUGCCAGUGCGACGGAGGGUUUCUACAGUUCCGCAAACAUACCUGUCUUUCGCCCGCCCAGCCGAGCACGGUUUGCUACAGCCACGCGCACUGCCGCAUGUGGGACGCGGCGAGCCACUGCGACUUCCUCAUCCCGAACCUGUUCGGGCGCUGUCAGUGCACCUCGCCGGCGCGCCAAAACGGACCGACCUGUGUGACGGACCCGGUAACGGAAGCGGUGCCAGCCGAGCCGGAGCUGCUGCCAGCUUUCACCAAACCGCAGCAGCAAGCGCCCGCCGUUACGGAGCAGAUGGACAAUGAGCUCGGCUCGAUCGAUCGAAUGUCAACCACGACGGAGGACGACGUGAUCGUGGUGGACAACAUUGUGCAGCGGGACGAUGCACAGGACGAGCGGAUGUCGUCGGCGGAGGACCACAUUACCACGGAAUAUCAGUCGGCCGGUUCGGAAGAGGAUGGUAUCAGCACGACGGACUUUAUCGAGAUUACGAGCAGCCGCUAUCCGGGCGAGGGUGAGCGUGUGACGACGACCGUGAGCGGUAUGGAGCGGUACGAGAACACGGAGGAGUAUGCGAACCUGGAGCAGGAGGUGGAGGAGCAGUUCAAGCGGCAGGAGCUUGCCGACGCUCUCGCGACAACGACGGCCGGUGCUUGGGCUAGCGAAAUUGCCGAAGCCAUUACGUCGCAGGAGCGGGAACAGGAUGCCCUGGACAAGAGUGACAGCGAGGGUGUGACGACGAUCGAAGUGGUGACCGUUUCAAACGAUGGACAAACGACGGAACGCAGUGAGACGACGACCCUAACACAGAACCAUGAGCCUACCACCACAGAGCUGCAGUACGACACGGAGGAACCAAGUGAUGUUGAGAACGAAGUGGAGCUGGUGGAGUACGAUCGUACGGAUGCACCUGAAGCUACGUACACCCAGCAAGCCGCUUCUCUGGUACAGCAAGAAACUACCAAUGCCACUACGGAACAAAUGGAAGAAACGACACUGGCAGCCACCUCCACCGAGCAAUCGAACACGGAAGCGAACGAUGCGAAGGAACUAACGACGACCGAGCUGAUCGAACAGUACCACGAUGUGCAGCUGCGCCGCCAGGACUCGAAGCUGUUCGACGAGGAAGAGGUAGAGGAGCUAGUUGAGAAGAGUUCCGCCCCGAAGGAACGGUUUGAGGCGCGCGAAACGACCCGCCACGCCGAGCAUGAGAACGAAAUCGUCGACACGCACGCAGUUGACACGACCACGGAAACGUUGCUAAGGUUGGCCAGCCGUACGACGGCGAUGGAACCGGAAGCACCGCUCUCCACCACCACGGCAGCCACAUCCACUGCAAGAAUACGCACUCGUGUGGACUUGGGAGACGGACCCGUUUCAUUGGGACUGUCCUGUGCCAGUAACGAACAGUGCCAGUUGGCCGACCCGUACAGCUACUGUAACGAUGAGGGACGCUGCGACUGUUCCUACCGCACGCCGGACGAUGCUUGCCGGGCCACCAACACUGGCUGCUCUCGGGGAACGUUCCAGUGCCGCUCGAGCGGAAUCUGCAUCAGCUGGUUCUUCGUGUGCGAUGGACGCCCGGAUUGUAGCGACGCGUCCGAUGAGGAGUGCAAUUUCUCACAGAAGGCGAACGGUACGCAGCAGCAGCGGGCGGCCAGCUGUCCGGAGCUGUCGUUCCGGUGCGAAAAGAGUGGCCGCUGCAUAUCGCGGGCCGGCAUCUGCGACGGAAAGGCCCAGUGCCCGCACGGCGAGGACGAGGUUGGGUGCGAUUUCCGCAAGUCGCGCAAGUGCCCGGAGCACACGUUCAUGUGCCGCAGCGGGGAGUGUUUGCCCGAGUACGAGUACUGCAAUGCGAUCGUGUCCUGCCGGGAUGGAAGCGACGAACCGCCGCACCUGUGCGGAUCGCGUGCCGUGCCGAACUUUUUCGUGAAGCUGCUGAGCGGUCCGACGGCACGGGGCCGGAACUACUGCCCGAUGCGCUGCGCCAACGGACGGUGCCGCUCGACCGCGAUUGUCUGCUCGGGCCGGGACGGGUGUGGUGAUGGUAGCGAUGAGGAUCGGUGCUCCGUUUGCCGAUGCCCGGCGCCUGCCUACAACAACGUCCUCGCACCGAUCGUACCGGCCGUCGUGUCCAAGCCAAGGAGUAGAACGAGCCGCAUCACCGGUGGACACUGGUCACGAACAUAAAGUCCUCGCAGGACCAUGGACCUGGCGGGCUGAGUGGCUACACGCAGCUACGGCUCGAACGGCCAUAAAUAGGUUCGCGGUACCACUGCACUCGGCAGCACGCUGUGCUGUGAUUGUGCUGAUUCUUUUUUUUUUUUUUUUGUAAAUAAAAGG